ACCCCCUCCUCAUCCUCCUUCACCGCCCUUCUCCUCGUCCGCAUCCCAAUCCCUAUUCCUAUUCCUAUUCCUAUUCCUCCCACUCCCUACCGCCUCCGAUUGACGAUAAUGGCAGGUAGCGGCGUGGUCACCGUCUACGGCAACGGCGCUGCCCUGGCGGAGUCCAAGAAGUCUACCUUCUCCGUCAAGGUCGGUCUCGCCCAGAUGCUCCGUGGCGGUGUCAUCAUGGACGUCGUCACUCCCGAGCAAGCCCGCAUCGCUGAGGAGGCCGGCGCUUGUGCUGUCAUGGCCUUAGAGCGCGUCCCCGCCGACAUCCGCGCGCAGGGUGGCGUCGCUCGCAUGUCCGACCCUGGUCUUAUCAAGGAAAUCAAGCGCGCCGUCACCAUCCCCGUCAUGGCCAAGGCCCGCAUCGGCCACUUUGUUGAGGCGCAGAUCCUUGAGGCCAUAGGCAUCGACUACGUUGACGAGUCCGAGGUCCUCACUCCCGCCGAUGAAGAGAACCACAUCAACAAGCACAACUUCCGGAUUCCUUUCGUCUGCGGCUGCCGCAACCUCGGCGAGGCUCUUCGCCGUAUCCGUGAGGGCGCCGCCAUGAUCCGCACCAAGGGCGAGGCCGGCACCGGCAACGUCAUCGAGGCCGUCCGCCACGUCCGCUCUGUUAUGGGCGAUAUCCGCGUCCUUCGUAACAUGGAUGACGACGAGGUCUUCUCUUUUGCCAAGAAGAUCGCCGCUCCCUACGAUCUCGUCAUGCAGACCAAGCAGCUGGGUAGGCUUCCCGUCGUCCAGUUCGCUGCCGGUGGCGUCGCCACCCCCGCCGACGCUGCCCUCAUGAUGCAGCUUGGAUGCGAUGGCGUCUUCGUCGGCUCCGGCAUCUUCAAGAGCGGCGACCCGGCUCGCCGCGCUCGCGCCAUCGUCCAAGCCGUGACCCACUACAGCGAUCCGGAGAUCCUUGCUGAUGUGAGCUGCGGGCUGGGUGAGGCCAUGGUUGGUAUCAACCUCAACGAUGCCAAGGUCGAGAGGUUCGCGAAUCGAUCUGAAUAGCCCUGGCGUGGAUCAUCGGUGCGUCGCCCCUCAUUCCUCCUCUUCAAUCAAGCCUUAUAGAAAUUUUAUCACUUGCUUGAUGGUUAAUUUUGCUCUAUGGUUAGCAGCUCAUACCUUUUGACUGUUAUUAUGCUUAAGUUAUUAAAUCUUAUUCUCUUGUUCUGCAUUAUGAAGUGGUGGAUUGAUUCCAUUAUGUCUUUUAGAUGUGGUGCCUCCACUUCCUUUGUUUUGGCUGUCAUAAAUAGGAGAUGUUUUGUUGCUUUUUCUUCAGUCUAAUUGUCGAAUAAGCUGAUCACAUUGUGAUCAUGGUUUUAGCUAUCACCUAUAUCAAUGUCUGUCACUCUUGAAUUAUUUAUUAUAAGAUUAAAGUUCUUUAGUUAA